AGAGGGACAAAAUUCUCUGAGUCUGUCCAGUCUUGCAGACAUACCAGCAAGAUGGCUACCUGACAAUUUGGAUAAGCGUGAAAAUUUUCCACUUAUCCAUGCAGAUAAGAUUUUUUUCGUGACGCCCAAGCAUACCAAAUGCAUAUAUUCAAAUGGAACUUGAGAAACCAUUCCAAAAGGUAGUGAUGCUAAGGGACUGCAACCUUCUUUAUGAUGGUCCUUAUCUACACAUUGAGAGUAUUGGUUGUCAGUUCUAAGCACAUGCUUUAUGCCAUUGAAGACAUAUCUACCUUCGCUGUGCGUACCAGACACUUUGCAUUUGGAACAGGGCCGGCUGGAUGUGUGGCCACGGUGGUUGAGGAUAAAAGCUCUUGCUGGUGCAUCAGCAAUAAAGCAUCUUAAUUUUAUUGGUACCUUAGUACCAUCAAGAUCUACACCACCGUUGGAAAGCAUAUGGGUUAUGUUCAUGAUGAACAUAUUGAAAAGCCUAUUAGGAUCACUAGGCUUUUGCAUUCCUCUAUAAAUGCCGACAACUAUUGGCCUUGCAUCAGCUUCGACAUCAAAAUGAAUAUACUCCCCCGGUUCUACAACAUAUGUAGGAACACGAGUCCGUGGAGUAUCCAGGACAGUCCUAAUAUCCUUCGGGAGGUUGGUAAAGCAGGUAUGGGUCCGAAGAAGGUUUCAGGAACCGCUUCAGAACUACAGAAUACUGAAGAAGACAAAGAAGAAGAAGAAGAAGAAGAAGAGGAACGAGAACUGUCAUCCACAUCUACACCAUGGAUGGCAUCAAUACCACCUGCGUAAUCUGUGGAGGAUGAAGGAACAUCCGCCAGAUUAACAGGGGCAUUGAUCUCUUCAAUA